UCCAAAGAACAGAAGCUUGUAUUUUAGCUCUAGUCACACAGAGAGGGAGAAAGAGAGGACACAUUUGUAAGAUUUUAAUGUUCUAAGCUAAGCCAGCAAAGAUGUACGGAAGAACUGCAUCGCAGCUGGUGAAGGAACUUGCCAGCAAUGAGGCUAAUCAACUCUCUUCUUUCAAUAAUGAUUUGGUUGAUCAAGUAAUUAAAGAGUGCGAUAACCACCACUUAGAGCUUCAGAACUUGAUGAGGAAAAUUCAGGAUGAAGGUUUAGACGUACAGACAACUAGAAAUGCUGACCACUUUGGUGCUGUUAUCCACCACCUCUCUUUAUCUCGGAACAAGCGUUCUCUUAUGGCUUAUAUGUAUAAUCGUGCGCAAAUUAUUCAGGAUUUGAGAUGGAAGGUAGGGCAUACACUUCCUCAAGAAGUUAAAGAAAAGCUUAACCACCGUGAGGUAGAGUAUUUCAAAAAUCAUUCUGAUGCUUUGGAGAAAUACAUCUCAAAGCUAGACCUUGAUUUGACUGUGGAUAUGGUUCCUCCGAAGGAUCCUUACUUAAAAGUCAGGGUCCUCGAAGAUAUCGGUCAUGUGCCUCUGGGAGAUCAGUCAUCGAAUCUUGCACGGCACUCGAUACACUUUCUUAAGCGAACGGAUGCUGAACGGUUCAUCUCACUGGGCUUGAUGGAGGAACUCUCUGGCUAGAUGUAAUUUUCUAGUCACGCGCAUACAGAGUGCCAUACGGAGUGGACGUAAGAGAUGACUGUUGAUGUAAUGAAGCUCAACAAACAGCCCCCAUUUUGGAACUACCAGUCCAUUUUGUUGCCAGAUCUGGAAAGAUAUGUUAGUUGAAGUUGAGGGACGCGUUAUAUGUUUAGUUAAUCAAUUAAGAAUGAAUCUAGUGUUGUACUUGUAUGUGACAGAUGAAAAUAGUUUUCAUCAUGGAGUACCCAUGGAAACAUAACAAUGACAAUAAUUUUUGGCCAGGGACCGUUGAGCUUUUAGCCUUUCACGCAUCCUGAUGUUGAUGUAAAAAAAUUAAAAGCUACAAAUGCUAAACAGGAGCAGACUAUAGAUUGUUAUAGCGUUAUUAAAACAGUAUUAAUGUUGCAACAUUUUUC